GUGAGACGCGCCUUCUCAUCGUGAGAAAAUGAAAGCAUCGCAUUGGUGGAAACGAGACGACCGGUUGCAUUGUUGCUCAAAAAACGAACAUUUCCCAACCGAAACAGGGAUGCUGCCGGUCUCGAUCGGUACGAUCUGGUACGGUUUUGGUAUCAGGCAUCCUUUCCCGGCUACGGUUACGUACCGACGGGGAAAACACAUCCUUCAGUCGGUGCCGUAACUUUCCACCGGACGGACGUGUGACCAUAGGAAAAUUUCCAACCCCCAAACAUAGUCGCAGACGGCCGGAUACGAGUUCGUAAUAUUAAAUUGUGACGAAAAACUUCAUUCCCCUAGAGGUGCUGCUAAAAGGGGGUCACUUAGAAGAACAGAAAUGGUACUUUAUUUAUCGUCGUUUUUUAUCCGGUGGGAAAUUAAGUUAAAGGAUAAUGGUCUAAAAAUUCCGCUUCCCCAUUCUUACACUUAUCGUCAGUGAAAUAUCUCGUAGUGCAUGUGUGCUUUAGUGUGCUUUUAAAUUGCUGAAUAGGUGGAACGGGUAUAGGGCGCGAGGGAAGUUAAAAAGAGUUUGCUCGAAAGGCCCAUGUGUGGGAAGGCGUAUUUGUGAACGGGUACGUGUUUAAAAGUGGUUCUAGCCGUUCCAUCAAAGAAAAACAGAAAAGGAUAAAACGAAUGUAAAACGGUUCUUGGAUGGUAAAAGGAGCCCCCAACAGCGGGAAUGGGGGUGAUGUGAGUGGUAAAGUUAAAAGUAAUCCGAAACGCUUCAUUUUCGUCCUACCGCAAAAAACCGGAGUCCUUUUUUUUUUAAGUAUGAGCUGUAGUUACAAACCAAUGAUGCAGGUGAACCGGUGGCUGUGUGUUUGACAGAUGGAGGAUCGGUUCGCGUUCGACCGUGCGUUUGGUGCGUGCCCGACCGAAAACAGUGUUGCGCAGAGUGGGUUUUUUGGGGCGGGGAAAAAAAGGUAAAACAGCGAAAAUAAAUACCCCACACGAAGGUAUAAUUUACACUUGCGACAUCAUAGUGAAUCAUACGCCGGAACGCCAUACCGACGGUUAAAAAGUUGUGUUCCGGUGCAGGAAUGGGGAGCGGGAAGUGAGCUGAUUGGAGGAAAAAUAGAUUGCCAGUUUUAUUGACUUCGACGGUUGGGUGAUCGGGAAGGGAUUUUUUUUUCUUCUUUUGGACGGGGCGCAUACCAGCAAGAAGGAGCAUUCAGUGGAACGAAAGGAAACAUGCGUGACCAACGGGGCGAUAUUGUGAAUGGCGAUCGACGUGCCCGGGAUCGGACGACGUAGACCACGGUGUCCAGCAUUGCAAACGAUUCGGGCAAAACUCGUCCACCGACCAGCGUCACGGUGCCGUCUAUCAUCAUGCCAUCCUGCCCAACAUGCUGCUGAAGGCACGACCAUUUUUUUGGAGCAAGCAAACCUAAAGAAUGGUUCGAAAAAUUCAUCUCACCGUCCCGUGGUCGUUUGCUGUUUUGUGCGAGCCCUCGUCUGAAAUCGGGUUGGCAAGGUACUGUUGAGCAGGUUCACGAAUAAAUAAUAAUCCAUAAAUCAACUGCCAGUACGGAACUGGAUGCCGUAUCGUACCGCGGUAGGGUUUUGUGUGUAUGCGUGCUGCAAAUGCACUUGUGGAGGAAUUGAAAGCAUAUGUAACACUUCCGUUCAUCCCAGUUCAGGUGAAGGUGAUGGUGAAGUGAAGCAGUGAGACGACCUUCCAGACUGAGCGAAGGGUUUGAAUGGCAUCCAUUGUUACCACGAGAGUAGAAAACGGAGUAGCGUCAGUUAAGAUAUUUGAUUUGAAGUUAUUGCACUAUAAAAAGUAAGCUAAAAGAUCUUGCAUGAAGUGUGCCAAGAUAGUCUUAAGUUCUUUUCGGAGUGUAAGCACAUUUAGUGAACUGUCAUGAGCGUUGUAAGUGUCGUAGUUUUGUGUGCCAAAGUUCCAACCAGUGGACAGACAACAUGGAUGGCGAAAAUCGCAUCAUACUCAACGUAGGAGGCAUCAGGUAUGAGACGUACAAGGCGACACUGAAGAAGAUCCCGGCCACACGACUAUCGCGACUAACGGAGGCACUAGCGAACUACGAUCCCGUCCUGAACGAAUACUUCUUCGACCGCCAUCCGGGAGUGUUUGCGCAAGUCCUCAACUACUAUAGAACUGGCAAGCUGCACUAUCCGACCGAUGUCUGUGGGCCACUGUUUGAGGAGGAGUUGGAAUUUUGGGGUCUCGAUUCGAACCAGGUUGAACCGUGCUGCUGGUCUACGUACAGUGUACAUCGUGAUACACAGAGCACACUCGCGAUACUGGACAAAUUGGAGCUAGACGAUGAGCAACCGUCCGAAGAGGCCAUUGCGCGUUUGUUCGGCUUUGAGGAGGCAUUGCUAAACGGUGAACUAACCUGCUGGCAGCGAACGAAACCAAAAAUCUGGGCCCUGUUUGAUGAACCAUCGAGCUCCACCGGUGCUAAGAUUGUAGCGGGAAUAUCUGUGUUCUUCAUCUGCAUCUCUGUGAUAUCCUUCUGCCUCAAGACGCACCCCGGGCUAAGGGUGGAAAUACCGGCCAUCCUGAACAUCUCGACCAACGGCAGCCUUGGCGUACUGCCGGACGUACCAGCCACACUGGACGAUCUGCUCGAGCAUGGACGGUUGGAUGAGCUGCUACUCGACUAUGGUUCACCCACCAUUACGACCACCACUACCACCACCACCACCACCACUACCACCAGUGCCACCACCGAAAGCCAAUCCGCAUCACCGACAAGGCCGGAAACGACCACCCAGCGAACCGGACGCAUCGUCUCGAGCGCCUACCGGAUGAACUCGGGCAAGGGUGCCAGCAUCGUGGAAAACUGGCAGGAAACAUACGGUCAGCCACACGAAGCCUUCUUCUACGUCGAGCUCGUCUGCAACGUGUGGUUCAUCAUCGAGCUGACCGUUCGAUUGGUGGUGACCCCGAACAUUUUCGAGUUCAUCAAAUCGCCCGUCAAUAUCAUCGAUCUGGCGGCUACCCUUAGCUUCUACACCGACGUCUGCCAGCGGAUGGGGGAACAGACGGGACUGCUGGAAGCGUUCUCGAUCGUGCGUAUCCUGCGGCUGUUCAAGCUGACACGCCACUCGCCCGGUCUGCGCAUCCUAAUCCACACGUUCAAGGCGUCCGCCCGGGAGCUGACGUUGCUCGUGUUCUUCCUGGUGCUCGGUAUCGUGGUGUUUGCCAGCUUGGUGUACUACGCGGAAAAGCUGCAGGACAACCCAGACAACCAAUUCAAAAGCAUUCCGCUCGGUUUAUGGUGGGCAAUCGUUACGAUGACCACCGUCGGGUACGGUGAUAUGGCGCCAAAAACCUACGUCGGGAUGUUCGUCGGUGCACUCUGUGCCCUUGCCGGUGUGUUGACGAUCGCCCUACCGGUACCGGUGAUUGUUAGUAAUUUCUCCAUGUUCUACUCGCACACGCAGGCUCGUUCAAAACUGCCGAAAAAGCGACGCCGUGUACUGCCGGUGGAACAACCGCGAAGGAAGCGCGACAUGGGUGCGGCUAACCGGCGGGUAAACGCGUUAAAACACCAACACACACAACCGACACAUCCCGCCAUCUUUAAGGAUGCUUUCGGUGGGGCGAAAAUCGGUCACGUAAAUGGCGUCAAUGUGAUAGGACUCACCCUUCAAGGACCUUCCGUACCGGGGCUGGCAGUCCUAAAGCCACCUUCCUCACUACAGCAAGGUGAUUUCAUCAACGUACCACAGCUGAAUUCCUUGCAGCCCCGUCAACCGACGACCGGAAAUGUGGAUUUAUUGCUACCAUUACAGCCAAAAUUGCUCGUUCCGCUGGUAGAGCGGCGUGAAUCCAAACCGGAAGAAAUGAUCCCACUGGAACCGAAAGUCACCCUGCAAAGCGAUCCGAACGGUGUGUCCGGCAACAAUACGCCUGGAGAUGAAUGUUGAGCCAAACGCUUUUUGGGGGAUGAACAGAAGAAAGAAAAAAGAAACACGAACAAUUGGGAGUUGGUCUUUUUGAUGCAAACGCAAACAAACACACACACACACACACCAGUGGAGCAGUGAAAAGUAAAUGCUCCAAAAUUGAGAAAUCGAAAAAAGGAUUUUGAUUAGAUUUGUAAAAGUUGUAAGCUUGUAAGCUUGAAAACUUCCGAGAAAGAAGAAAUGAGACAAGGGCUAAGAAACGAUGUAUUUAUAACACAAAAUAAAAGGAACUACGCAGGGAUAAGAAAUAAAAGCUUUCGAAGCAAAAGGAGAAGAAAAAACACAUACGGAAAAAAGUAAUAAAAUAAAUUGAAAUUAAACUAAAAUUGCCUCGAGUCGAAACGUAACAAGAAAUGCAAAAUAAGAAAUAACAUAAAAAUAACACUUCACCGUUCACCAUCAUAGAUCGGAAAGUUUUCAUUUCAUGUGGGAAUUGUGUUUGUUUCUACUUCUUCCUGCUAGUAAGUGUUUCGUACCGCGCUACGAAGACAAAACCUAUGGCAGAAACGAGUAGUAUUUAAUAGAGGCGAACCGUUUUUGUCAUACAAAGACGUGCGUUUUGCGUUGUGGACGAGUUGACGAAGCUCGUUACGGUACGUUAAGCUUUUGUGCCAAGCGCAUCAUAAGUAAAUUAGCUAGCAAAUAGUUGUUUAAUUGGAUAACGUGUUGUAUUAGAGCUCAACUUUUAUACAGAUCGUUCGCAUCAUGCAGGAAGGCCACGUCACGGGUCGGGUGAUUAGAAUCAAAAUGGAAACAGAUUUCAAAAACAUGUGUGGAAAAAGCAGCGUGAUAAUGUGAAUGUGUACGAGCUGUUUCGUGCCGGCAGUGUUAGUGAAUCCAUUAUGUAUGUAUGAAUGUGUACCAACGUGUAUGUAUGUGUUGGUUGGUUCCAGACUAAAUUGUAAAAUCCCAAGAAGAAAAAAAACCUCUUCUUACCAUCUGUGUCAAAUGUCCACCAUUAUCGAUGUCCAGCAAAGGGAAAGUCAUACAGAACAAAAAAAGAGGAGUCACAUGUUAAAUUGUGCGCUCAUGAGGGAAAAUGAAGUGGAAACUCCAAAAAACCAUUGAAACAAGCUUUAAAAAAACAAACAACGGUGUGAAACAAAGGUUUUAAUAAAAAAAAGAAGAUACGAUCAAGGUUGAACGGUUUAGUGUUAAUCAAUCUGCAACCAUCUACUCUACAGUUUAAUCGGAUAUGUAAAAAUAAAAUAUAAACUCAUUAUUCCAUUACAAGGAAGUCUUCUAGCUCUCCCACGCAUGAAAAAAACAACAGUCAAUGCAAACAAUUGAGGAACAGUUUGAAUCAAUUUUCCGAUCGGUUUCAGAUCGACCGUGGAAGAAGGAAACAAAAAUUCUUUGUAAAGCGUAUAACAGUUUUGGUUCAAUUUCACUAAGCUAAGUUCAACUUCUCUGCUAAACGGACAUUGGAAUAUUAUACAAUACCGGGAAGUAAAACGAACGAAGGGGAGACAGAAAACUAUAUGUGUCAAGACAAUUAAGCUGUUAUGUUUAAGUGAUACUGAGACCGGAAAUAUAUUUGUGCAGUUUUAAACAAAUCCAACAA